UUGUAAAACUUUAUAGUUGCACUAAGUCACAUAUUGAAAAUUUGCAUUAUACUUACAUUUAUGCAAAACUGUAGCAACAAAAGGAUACAAAUAUUUUAUUUUUUGUCCAAUAUAAAACUGCAAAGCAGACUGAUAAAAGAUUAUUUUUUUAAAAGGUAACUUUAUUUAUCCAUCACAUGUGCAAAAGCAAACAUUAGGUGUUUAUAGUUUUAGAAUUAAAAACUGCAUGCUGUUAAAAAAGCCACUGCACGUAUUGUACUCAAACAACAGUCGUAAAACUGAAUCCCAUGAUGUGGCUGUAAAAUUUGCACCAAUGUUUACUUUUGCUUGCCUGUAUCUAUUCCUAUGUUUAAUGACCAACUAUUAAAUUGUCAAGAGUGUUGCAGUACCAUCAUGCAAGAGCUCUAUUGUCCGGUAACUGUUAUAUAAAGAGAAGCAGCGCCAGUACAAAUGGACAAGACAGAAGUUGAGGCAUUAUUUGAAAGUUUUGGAAUACCGAUUAAAUAUGAAAGUACUGAUCCUUGCACUUUGCGUGACAUAUGUGGCAUCACGUGAUACAACAUCACUAAAGUGGAAUGAGUGGAAAAAUACUCACGGGAAGUCGUAUGCAUCCCAUGAGGAGAUGAAGAGACAAUUGAUUUGGGAGAAGAACCUCCGUGUUGUGACUCAGCAUAACUACGAGUAUGACGAAGGACUUCACACCUACACCAUGGCGAUGACAAAAUUCGCUGACUUGGAAAAUGAUGAGUUCAACACAAUGUACUUGGCUAGCAUGCCUGCUGAUCGUAAAAACGAGCUUGUUUGCAAGAAACAAACUAUUGAUAAAUUUGCACAAAACCCAACAACUGUGGAUUGGCGCACACAAGGCUAUGUUACUCCAGUAAAGAACCAACUACAAUGUGGAAGCUGCUGGGCCUUCAGUGCUACUGGAUCAUUGGAGGGUCAACAUUUCGCUAAAACUAAGAAGCUUGUAUCUUUGAGUGAACAGCAGUUGAUUGAUUGUAGUACCAAGCAAGGUGACCUGGGCUGUGGUGGUGGUUAUCCUGACUGGGCGUUUGCUUACAUCAAUCAAGUUGGUGGCAUUGAGAGUGAAACUAACUAUCCAUAUGAAGCUAAGAAUGAUGUUUGUCGAUUUAAUGUUUCGGAAGUUGCAGCAACUUUAACUGGGUGUGUUGAUAUUACUCCUGAUAGCGAAACCCAGCUUGAGAAAGCUGUUGGAAGCAUUGGUCCGGUGUCUGUUCUUAUAGAUGCUUCUCAUAUAAGUUUUCAACUCUAUGGCUCAGGUAUUUAUUACGAACAACAGUGUAGCAGCAGCCCUGCUUCACUUGACCAUGGUGUCCUUGCUGUUGGGUAUGGUGCUGAUAAUGGUCAGGAGUACUGGAUGGUCAAGAACAGCUGGGGCGAAGGCUGGGGUAAACUUGGGGGUUACAUCAAGAUGGCAAAGAACAAAAACAACAAUUGUGGCAUUGCUACCCAAGCUAGCUACCCCAUUGUUUAAAACUAAUGUUUUAAAUGUUUAGAAUUGUGUGUAAUAAUUUUACCAAAUGGUGUUUUCAAUUUUUAAAUGAUCGCUAAAUUUUUAAGUGCAAUAAUAAAGUUGAUUUAUAAUUAACAGUUAUAAAAUGUGUUACAUCAAUUUAAAGAGUGCAGAGCUUUAAUAAAAUUACACCUAUAAAAUAAUUUGAUUAAAAAACA